AUGUCUGUGGAAGAUUUGGGGAAGAGAUCGCUGGCGGAAGCUGAAGAGGUCGGGCUGGAUGAGGUAUUUUGCCGGGAACUGAGCAGAAGUCUGAGUGACUUGAUACUGACUUUUGUAUAGAUUUUGAACCCCCUGCGGGUUGAGAAUACCAACAAUGUAUCUUUCUUUGGUCUUCCGCCGCUGGACCAUAUUUCCAAAGUCAGUCUCGAGGUCCGAACCUCUGCUGGCAAGUCUCAAACGAGGGUGCCGAUUGUCGAGCUGAUGUCAAUGGCACCGUGUGACGGAAAGACAUCGCUGCUCUACCAUCUCACUGCGAUCGCUGUACUUCCAGCGGCUCUCGGCGGUAGACAGGCAGCGGUGAUCAUACUGGACACAGAUGGCCGAUACUCUGUAUCUCGUCUGGUACAACAGCUUCAAGUGGUGAUUCGAGAUGGGCGAAAAGCCGACGAGGGAUGCGAAAGUCCGAGCGAUAUCAUACAUCGAGCGCUGAAGCAUGUUCACCUCUUCCAUCCGCAAUCGCUGGCCUCUACAGUGGCUACAGCCCGCUCACUGGAGAAGUACUUGUUCGAUGCGAAACGGCACUACUCAUUCGAUCGCCACAUCGGCUUGAUAGUCUUGGACUCGGCGUCAUCUUCCUACUGGCAGAACAAGUCGGAAGUAGAGGACGCCGCCCUGCUCGCAAAUACUUCAGGAAGCAAGUCGUCAGCCCAGCCGAAUGGCUAUGUACAGCUUGCAGCUGCCCUCAAGAACGCUUCAAGAAUCUUCUGUGCACCAGUGGUUUUCACUUCACGGCACCUUGGACCUGCGAAGAGUAGCGCUGGUUUUGCCCUGGAUGGACACUCAAUUCGACCAUCGCUUCCUCCACCGUGGCAGGAUCUACCAAGCCUUCGUAUGAUCGUGCAACGAACUCCAGUACGAAAGCUGCCAGUCGAAAUCAGUGUUGAGGAAGCUAAGCAGGAAUCUGAGCAGAGGCAGAAAGUGGUGGAGCAAGGGAGAUUCGAAUGCUUCGUGAACGAAUGGGGACUCGACGAGAGGACUCUAGAGAAGCUUCGCUCUGCAUUUGAGUUCUAUGUCUCUGAGGAUGGAGUAAAAAUCGAGAACGGCCAAGCGCAAUAG